AUUUUUCUGAGCUGCGGCAUUGACCUCGCCACUUUUGAAUGUGAUGAAUAUGUUUCCUCGACGAGAUUUCUCAAGAUGCAGCCGGGUGAGUCUGGCCAUGCUUCUGUGCGUCUUUGUUUCUAGAAACGCCUUUUGCCAACUGGAACAUUUCAAGCCCAAUAUCUUCCGAGGCUCUGUCACGCGAUGCGCGCAUCCCGAUGAGCAGCACACACCAUCAGAGCCAAGCGAGCUGACGAGGCAGUCUUCAAGUUCAGAGGCGGGUCGCAGAUACGACUUCGAAGAAUAUAGAGGAGUUUACCGCAGGUUAAUCAGCGACGAAUCCUGGCCACGGGUUCUGCGCAUUGUAGUUGUUGGACCUAGUGGAGAGACAUUUCGUCGUGAUGUGCAGGAAUCCGUCUUCAAGGUGCUCGGCUGGGAUCCGAUCACAGUGACUGUAGAUGAGCGGACUCGCUGGCAGUCUGUCAAGCUGGAUGUCCGUUUCAUAACUCCAGAUGAUUUUUGUGCUUUGCACAGCGAUUUGCAGACAAUUCAAGGUGUACAGUCAGUACUGUGAGUCCCGCCUCUAGAGUGGCCUGCGGGUUCAACUUGCUGGAGAUCCACGGCAAAAAGUAAAGUUUGAGGAGCACUCAAAGGGGGCACAUUCUUAGAUGGACUGCGUUGCUUUCUGACAAGGAUAGCUUGGUAUCUCAAAUGCUUGAUGCCAAUCUUUGAAUGGUUUGGGUGCACCAAAUCACAUGUCCUUAUGGGAUUUGCAAGGCAAUUUUCGGUGCAUUCCGCGCCUGAAGCACCUUUGUAUAGAGUUGUCCAAGACCAGCAGCCGUUGAAAAAGCAUGACGUCAGACCCAGCUGAAUGCCAAAC